AGCCCUGCUUCGCUGCGUCCCUGCGUUCCCUGGUGGUUCCCUGGUGGCCGCGCCAUGCGCUGCACCCGGAUGCUGCUGAGCUUCCGCGCCCUGUGGGUGGUUGCGGAAGCUGAGGUGAGGCCCUGUGACGACCACAACGAUCAAUGUGGCUAUUGGGCCGCCAUCGGCGAAUGUCAGGCCAAUCCAAAGUACAUGCUGGUGAUGUGUCAAGCUUCCUGUCACAGCUGCCUUGGAGAUUCAGGUGCGCUACACGAGCGAAUGUAUCAGCACCUGGAGAAGAAGAUUUCCAGCGUGAGAGAUGCGCACCAGCCGCAGAUUCUGGAAGCUUCCUAUAGCCCACGGGCGCUAGUGGUGGACAGGUUUCUCUCGGAGGAGGAGUGUGAGGCGCUCAAAGAUUUAGCGCGGCCGCACUUGCACCAUGCCCAAACCAUCAAUCGCAGCACAGGCGCGGCUUACCUUGACAAAGUACGCACCAAUUCGCAAUUCUACCUGGACCGUGCUGAGCACUACGAGGACCCCCUUGUCCUGGACAUCGUGCAGCGCAUGCAUCGCAUCGCGCGGGUGCCGAUGGGACAUGCAGAACCCUUGCAGGUGGGUCGCUAUCAGAAAGGCCAGUUCUACCAGACGCACUUUGAUUCGGAACCGUUGCAGGGCGUGAAACGAGCUGUCACGGUCUUGGUCUACUUGGAUCCUCCACAGGCAGGUGGAGAAACCAUCUUCCCCAAGCACCAAAGGUGUCAGGAGGAUGGUUUUGAAGUGUGUUGCAACCGUCUGGAGGAGCUGGUUGCAGGAGAAGGCAAGGGCUUCUGGGUUCGUGGUCAAAAAGGACAGGCGGUCAUCUUCUACUCGCAUAAUCUGGAUGGCCAGCACAACGCUCUGUCGAUGCAUGGGUCCUGCCCAGUUCGUGAAGGUGAGAAGUGGGUGGCGCAGCAAUGGUUUCGCAUUGAGCCCUAUGCUGGUAGCCCCUACUUCCAGUUCUUAGCUCCAAAAUCACCAGGAGUGACUGGUGAGGCUGAGAGUGGUUGAUCGCUUCGUGGAUUGAAAA